CGGUAGCUGCAGCCUGCGGAGGCAGAGGCAGCCAGAGUUGCGCCGGACGACGUUGCACCGAGCAGGAGAACUGCUGACUACGUCUCCAAGAACUGUGUGAACAAAAAGAGGCCGUAUUCCUGCAUCCAUCUUGGACUCAGACAGUCAGAGGGCAGUUAAAAAGGUGGAGAGAGCCCAUCCGUCACCCACCGACCACGCGUCAGCCUUCCUCAGCAUGGCAGAUGAUCGACAGCCAGAAGACGGAGCCCCACAAUGGGACCCUUCAGGGGGGCAGGAGUCCGGUGGAACCCGAGGAGCGAAUGGCUACUCAUCAUCUGCAUACAGGACAUGUCAGCCUGGCGCUACCAACACAACCUCAACCGCCUACUCUGGCAGGGAGAAUGGAUUUAACGGGGACCUGACCAGUGCUCACGCCAUCACUGCAGAGCAAGUGUCUGCACGGAUUGUGCAAGAAGUGACAGCAGAGGCAGUGGCUGUGCUCAAGGGUGAACAAGAAACGCAGCGGCUGCCAUCAGUGGAAGACACCACCAAUUUGCCUCCCUCACCUCCUCCAUCACCUGCAGCAGAACACUUUGGUCCUCUAGAUCAAGAUGUAGGGGAUGAGGAGGAGGCAGGUCCUCUCCGCCGCUUUCAAAAUUCUCGGGAGAGGUGCAAGUUCCUCGCCCCCUCCAUCUCAGUGUCCGUGCCUGAGGAUGACCCCUACCACUCCGACGAGGAGUACUAUGAGCACCCCUUGUUCAGCCCAGAGUGGACCCACUCGGGCUCUCGCCCCACAGGGCAGGCUGUGGCCUUUAGACAGAUUGAAGAAGAGACCAUCGAAGCUCUUACAUCUGAAUACGAGGAGGAGGUGGAAGAGGAGGAGGAGGAGGAGGAGGAAAGUGCAGAGGCACCCGAGUCCGAGGCAGCUCUUGAUGAGCAGCUGUCGACUGAGGAAGAGCCUGAGCUGGACAGCCCUCAAGCUGAGCUAUUAGAGCAGGCAGACACCUUAGACAUGGCUCACAGUCAAAGCCUGGAGCAAGCUGAAGCAGCCAGUGCUGCUACUGAGAGCUCUAUGGACAAAGAGGAGGACGUAGAGGGCGAGGAAGGUCCUGAGACAGCUGUGAUGGAUAAGCAAGGGAGCGAGAAAAGUGGAUCCAUGAGCCCAGACAGCAUUGGAUCGGAAAAACGUCCGGAGGAAGGUUUUGAGCAACCGAUACAAGAGUUCUUUGCUGGGGAACGUAUGGUACCAGAGAGCCCCACUAUGGACAUGCCCUUUGUACCUCCAAAUGUUGAAAGCAAAGCCAAAGAAUCCAGGUCAUUCACUCUUCAGCCAGCAUACGGGGAGCCGAUUACUGUGUCCGAGAAGCAGCCUUCCGUGGAGUUGGUGGAGUUUACCAGUAUUGGUGCCCCUUCGGAUUUCUCUUCACUGGCAGCAAAAGUUGGUGAAGGGGAAUCGACGAAAGAUACGACUGACAAAUCUGGAAUGUCAGCUUAUUUUGAAACAUCGGUUGUAGAUGAACCCCAAAGUAAGGGUGAGGGUUACUAUGAACUUAGCAAAUCUAGUGAAGAUAAGGAUACAGGGGAUUCCAAGGAUGUAGUUCAAGAUACGCAUUUAUCCAUGGAUAGUUGUGAAACCAAAAAGAGUGAGCUGCAAGACACCCGGAUUUUCUCUGUCCCAGACAGAAGCAAUGAAUGCAGACUCUCCCCUGGCAAACUUGCCUUGGAACAGCGGAGCUACUCACUUAACAUCACUAUAGGAGCAGUGGAUCAAGCCAGACUAAGGAAUGUCUCCCCACUGGCGACUGAUAUACUCUCAUACACCAGUGGAAGCUUGGAUGACUCAGCCGAUUACCUCCCUGUCACGACCCCCGCUGUGGAAAAACCUCCUGCUUUCCCUCCGCUUAUUUUAGAAACUGCCCCAUCGGUCACUUCUGAUACAUCAUCUCCUCCAAGAACAUUUGAAUCGGAAUCAAAAUCUUUUCCUGAGCCACAGUCACCAGAGUCGCCUGAGCCCAGUAAGCCUGACGAUAAAAACGGCACCGUCAUGGCUCAAGACCUGCCGGAAAUGCUUGACCUUGCUGGCACCCGUUCUAGAUUGGCAUCGGAAAAUACUGAGCCAGAAAUGGUCAGGAGGAAGUCAAUUCAAGCUGACGCGCCUGCUUUUUCUGAUGACCCUAUGGCAAGCUUCUCAGGAGAGCUCAGUCCUGGAGUCAGAAAGAGCGACAGUCAGCUGGAAGAAAUGGGUUAUUGUGUGUUCAGUGAAUACUCAGGGCCGAUGCCAUCCCCAGCAGAUGUGUUCAGUCCGACAAGCGCGAGUGCUCAAGGUUUCACCCCAUCGGUUUUGGAAGAGAAGGUGGCUGAGCAAGCCAGGAAAUUGGCUGUGAGAGACACAUCUGAGGAUGAAAAAAGUGAACUUGUGUCUCAUCUCAGUGAAGAUAAAAACAACACAUAUUUAGAGGAAAGGGAAUGGCCUGAGACAAAAUCUAAAGAGGCUGAUGAUCAAAUGGAGACUGUUGAAAUGCAGGUAACGGCACCUGUUCAGCCAGUGGACACUUUUAUAACGCCUACAGUCACAGUGACUUUAGAAGAAGGUGGAAGGUCAGGAAGCGAGACCGAAAGGCAAGCUAGUGGGGAAGGGUCGGCUUCAGAAACAGAGAUUGCUGACUACGAGAGGCAGAUCCGUAAACUGGAGAUGGAAGAUAGACCCCUAAGUUUGGAAGAGGAGCGUGAACUGCAGGAGCUCCGCGAAAAGGUUAAAUUGGUCCACCAGGAGGCAUACGAGGAAGUGGACGCAGAGGAUGUGUACCAGCUGACCGGUGUUGCAAAAGACCGCAUCGCAAGACCCGUGAAAACUUCACCAACGUCCUCUGUGGAUAGCAAUAUUGAUGAUGACAAGCUGCUCUCACCUGUUCUUUCACCUUCAAAGUUAAAGCAAAGAGAAUUGUACGGCUCUCCAAAGAGAUCAGCUUCUCCUCUCCUGGGGAUCAACACAGAGGAAAAGGAAAAAGACAAUGUUGACGCCAUAGAAGCUGCUGAGAAAAAGACCAAAGUAGAUGAGGAAGAUGUCAAAUUGACAGUCGGGGUUGAGGCUGAAACGAAAGUUGAAGAUGAGAAAGGCGUACACAAAGAUGAGAAAGUGGAAGAAGAAAGGUUGAGGUUAGAAAAUGAAGAAACCGAGCGCAAAAUUAAGGAUCAAGAAAUGAAGGAAAUGGAGGAAAGAGAACUUGAAAGGAAAGAAAAAGAGGCACAGGAGAAAAAUGAGAGAGAAGAGAAAGAAAGAAUGGAAAAAGAGAAAAGGGAGAAAGAAGAAAGAGAGAAAAUUGAAUGUGAGCAAAGGGAAAGGGAAGCUAGAGAGAACAGGGAAAGAGAAGAAAAAGAAAAACUAGAACGAGAGAAAAUGGAAAGAGAGGAGAAAGAGAAAAUGGAGAUGGAGAAAAGAGAACAGGAGGAGAGGGAGAAGUUAGAGCAAGAACAGAGGGAAAGGGAAGAGAAGGAGAAGUUGGAACAAGAGAAACAGGAAAGAGAAGAGAAGGAGAAGUUAGAACGUGAGAAAAGGGAAAGGGAAGAGAAGGAGGAAAAAGAGAAAAAGGAAAGGGAAGCGAAGGAGAAAUUGGAACAAGAGAAACGGGAAAGAGAGGAGAAGGAAAAAUUAGAACAAGAGAAAAGGGAAAGAGAAGCCAUGGAGAAAUUAGAACAGGAGAAAAGGGAAAAGGAAGAGACCGAGCGAUUAGAAAAAGAGAAAAGGGAAAAGGAAGAGAGGGAGAAACUAGAACAAGAGAAAAGGGAAAAGGAAGAGACCGAGCGAUUAGAAAAAGAGAAAAGGGAAAAGGAAGAGAGGGAGAAAUUAGAACAAGAGAAAAGGGAAAAGGAAGAGAGGGAGAAAUUAGAGCUAGAAGAAAAGGAAAAACUGCAGCAAGCAGAAAGGUUGAAGGUGGAAGAAGAGCUGAGAGAAAAGAAAGAAAGGGAAGAGCGUGAAAAACUCGAACAGGAACUUAAAGAGGAGAAAGAGAGAGAGAAAGUAGAUGAGUUGUUGAAGGAGAAAGCAGGAGCUGGAUCACCUGAGAAGAAGGAGAUUCUGGAGACACAUGCCGCCAUUGAGUCGGUGGUUACUGUCGAGGACGACUUCAUCACUGUGGUCCAGACCAUUGAUGAGGCGGAAGAGCCUGGACACAGCGUUCGCUUCUCUGCGCCCCCUGAAGCUGAAGCUCUGUGCGCCACAACACAAGAGGAUGAAGAGGAGGAAGAGGUGGAGUCUGCCCAGGAGGUGGAGAUGGAGGCGGCCAGUCUUGAGGAGGUCUGCGAUGAACCUGAUGUCCCUGUGUCACCUGGGCGAAAGACGGAAGGUCGGACUGAGAGCUUUGACCGCGAUGAGACCACAAUGGACGACUCCAUUCUAGACAGCUCAUGGGUGGACACUCAAGAUGACGAUAAGAGCAUGAUGACUGAACAAAUCGAGCCCCUGCCGAAAGUGGCGACACCUGUGAAGAAGCUUGACGUGACUGAGAAGAAGCAGCCGCAGCAGAAGAAGACGGAGAAGCAGACAGUAAAAGCCAAAACCAAGGGAGGUCGCACAAAAGGCAGAAUCUCGACCCCGGAGCGCAAACCUGCGCGAAAAGAACCCGUCUGCAUUCCCAGAGAGGAAAUCAAGAAGAAGAAAGCUGUGAUUAAGAAGACUGAACUCUCCAAAAAAAUCGAGGUUCAGACUUUCUCCCCAACUAAGAGGAGCAUGCAGAGACCGCGCCAAACCCGAUCAAAUCAACACCAUUCCUGCCCAAGAAGAAGAGCGACAGAGAUGCUACCAGAUGGUCGCCACCCCUUCAGUGUUGCACGAAGGUCUUGUGACAGAAUAUCAUGCCAUGUCCAUCGUUUUCAACUAACAAAGAUUCCCACCUCCAUGUUUGGCGUGACUGCUUCAUUAGAUAGACUCCGCCCAUCCAAACCAUCAUUGUUACCGAGGCUGAUAGAAAAGGACGGUGCAUCGAGAAGCCCAGCGUCGGUUCCUCGCCACGCCUCCUAUCUAGGUCGCCGAGGGUAUCAUGAACAUGAAGAGAGUUCCACUUCAAUCACAAGCUCUGGUUCCACUGCUCCUCGCAGACCCACUUCAUUUCACACCGAAAUGAGAGCAGAACAUCGAAGAGGUCGUGCUCCCAACAUGACUGUCACAGAUCCAGUGAGAUCCCGUUCGGCGCGCAGCGGCCAUUCCACGCCACGCACCCCGGGCUCCACAGCCAUCACCCCUGGAACCCCCCCCAGCUACUCGUCGUCCUCGAGGACCCCAGGCACCCCACGCUCCCUAAGCCUGCUCUCCCAGGAGAGGAAAGUGGCUGUGGUCCGCACCCCACCCAAGUCACCCGCCACCACACCGAAGCAGCUCCGCAUCAUCAACCAGCCGCUGCCUGACUUCAAGAAUGUCAAGUCCAAGAUCGGCUCGACGGAAAACAUCAAGUACCAACCCAAGGGAGGACAGACGCUCAUGGACCCCAAAACGCCACCAGAGGUGAAACAUAGAGCCUCUUGGAUCUGGAAGUCUGUGCUGCGGCUCAUCUCCUUCACGCUGUGUCUGUCAAGUGCACACAGUAUGACCUGGACGCAGAACUUUCUGAAUCGUAUCUUUAACACGAAGUUGGACUUCAGUCACUUUAAAUCGAAACACAUCUCCAAGACUAAUCACAACGGCAACAGUGUUCUCAUCCCCAGUGUUAAGCUGGACUAUAGCCAUGUUCAGUCUAGGUGUGGGUCCUUGGACAGAAGGGGCUACUCAGCAGGAGGUGGAAACGUGCAGAUCCAGAACAAGAAGAUCGAUCUGAGCCAUGUGACCUCCAAGUGCGGCUCUCUGGACAACAUCCACCAUCGACCAGGCGGCGGCCAUGUCCGUAUCGAGAGUGUGAGGCUGGAUUUCAAAGACAAAGCCCAAGCCAAGGUGGGUUCCCUGGAUAACGCUCACCACACUCCUGGUGGCGGCCGUGUCAUGAUUGAGAGCUACAGGCUCAGCUUCCGUGACCAAGCUAAAGCCAGAGUGGACCACGGAGCAGAUAUCGUCGUCCAGUCUCCAGGCAGGUCGGGAUCAAUGUCUCCUCACCGCCACCGCGACAGCCACCUCUCCUCCUCCGGCAGCCUCAACAUGAUGGAGUCGCCGCAGCUAGCCACUCUGGCAGAGGACGUCACGGCGGCUCUGGCCAAGCAGGGUUUGUGAACCCCCUGAGUCUAUGCCUAAAAGAAAAGGGACCUACUCCCCGACCUCUCUGCUGCCGCCCUGAGGCCAAACUGUUACUACACCUUAUGCUCAUUCUCCGCUUUGAAACCACGUAAAGAUUCUCCGACCCUAUUCUUUGAUUCAAGUCUUUCCUUUCUGGCCUCUCUACCUUGAAUGACGUUGCAUAGAAUAGUUCAGUGCUGGUCCUGGAAUCCUUUCACCGGACCAGCUUUUUUUUUCUAUUUUUUUUUUUUUUUCUUGAGUCGACGGGCCAGCACUUCAUACAGCACGUGUUGUUCUUGCCCAGUAAAUCAGUAGACGUGCAUGGACACCGAACCCCUUAACAAACCAAACACCCUUACUGCAAUUAUACUAAUAUUUAAUAUCUAUAGAAUAUCAUGUAUAUAAGUACUACAUCUUCAUGUCUCUGAACCAUCUCACAUGGAUGUAAGGCCACAAAUAAUUGCAGGCCAAGUUAUGUCACGCAUGUGCUGAUUCUAAAAGAGGCUAUUUUGUAAUUUUAAAAAGGGACUUUAGUAAGUUGGAAGAGGUUAUCAUUUGGUAGUUUUUAGUUGUUUGCAGUGUUAGGUUAGGAGAAUUGAGGCUGGUGUCACUCACUAUUAGAGAUAAGGAGACGCUCACCUAGACAGCUCAACAAUAAUAAACACUUCAGUAAACACCCCAGGACUGACCGAUGAAGAGACUUGAUCAGACGAGCAGCUACUCUGAAAUAUGUCGGUGUGUUAGUUUGGUGCAGAUCCCAUGGCGUUCUAUGGCAAAUGCUACCGUGUGUGGAUGUUUCGUUGCGUUCUGUAAGAAGCGGAAGUGGAAAAAAAAAAUUGCCUAAACGUUCAUUGAAAUCAGACGACAGGUCAAAGUGUUUCUUUUUCAGACUCUACUUGUGGUAUAAUCUGCCUCCUUCCUGGUUACUGUUCUCAACUGCAACUGUUUGUUUGCUUCUGUGUUUUUUCCGCUCUCCCUCAUCUCUCUCUGUCCUUCCCUUCUUAGCUCCUCCCUCUCCUGCAGCUUCACCCUCCAGCAACUGUAAAUGUAUUUAAAAAAAAGAAGAAAAAAAAAAGAUGAAGUAGAUGUACGCAGUUUUUCUCUUGUCGAUCUGACUCAGAUUCCAAUAAUUAAUGACAAUAAAAAUGACAA